AUGUCUGUCAACGGCGAAGUGGAAGACAAGCCACCAGCUCCUCCUGUCCGGAUGAGCAGUGCUAUCGUCACUGCAGGGGGUAAAGACCAGUUGUCUGCCAACCACAGUUUGAAACCCCUGCCCUCUGUACCAGAAGAGAGAAAACCUAGGAAUAAAAUCAUCUCCAUAUUCUUUAUCACUGAAAAAGGAAGCAAGAAGAAGGAAAAGGAAAGACCAGAAAUCUCCCCACCCUCAGAUUUUGAGCACACCAUCCAUGUUGGUUUUGAUGCUGUUACUGGAGAGUUCACUGGAAUGCCAGAGCAAUGGGCUCGGCUGCUUCAGACCUCAAAUAUCACAAAGCUAGAACAGAAGAAAAACCCCCAGGCGGUACUAGAUGUGCUGAAAUUCUAUGACUCCAAAGACACAGCAAAACAGAAGUACCUGAGCUUUUCUGCUCCAGAAAAAGAUGGUUUCCCUUCAGGAUCACCAACGACCAAUGCCAAAGGAGAACCAUCAGCAGCUGUGGCAGAUGAUGAUGAAGAUGAUGAAGAAGCUCCUCCUCCUGUUAUUGCUCCACGGCCAGAUCACACAAAAUCGAUUUAUACACGGUCUGUAAUUGACCCCAUCCCUGCGCCAGCUGGCGACACUUCUGUUGACAGUGCGGCAAAAUCAGGUGAUAAGCAGAAAAAGAAGACCAAAAUGUCGGAUGAAGAUAUCAUGGAAAAACUACGCACUAUUGUGAGCAUAGGAGAUCCCAAGAAAAAAUACAACAGAUACGAGAAAAUCGGACAGGGGGCUUCGGGUACAGUUUUCACAGCCAUUGAUGUGGCAACAGGACAGGAGGUUGCUAUUAAACAGAUAAACCUGCAGAAACAGCCCAAGAAGGAGUUGAUUAUUAAUGAGAUCUUGGUAAUGAAGGAACUAAAGAACCCCAACAUAGUCAACUUCCUGGACAGUUACCUCGUAGGAGAUGAAUUGUUUGUGGUGAUGGAGUAUCUGGCUGGAGGCUCACUAACAGAUGUGGUCACAGAAACAUGUAUGGAUGAAGCACAGAUAGCUGCUGUUUGCAGAGAGUGCUUGCAAGCGCUUGAGUUCUUACAUGCCAACCAGGUCAUCCACAGAGACAUUAAGAGUGACAACGUGCUGUUAGGAAUGGAUGGAUCUGUUAAACUAACCGACUUCGGUUUCUGUGCUCAGAUCACCCCAGAGCAGAGCAAGCGGAGCACUAUGGUUGGAACUCCUUACUGGAUGGCUCCUGAAGUGGUGACACGGAAAGCAUACGGCCCUAAAGUGGACAUCUGGUCUCUGGGCAUCAUGGCUAUUGAGAUGGUAGAAGGAGAACCCCCGUACCUCAAUGAAAACCCCUUGAGGGCUUUAUAUUUGAUAGCAACGAAUGGCACACCAGAGCUUCAGAAUCCUGAGAAACUGUCGCCAAUAUUCCGGGAUUUCUUGAACCGAUGUUUGGAGAUGGAUGUCGAGAGAAGAGGAUCAGCCAAAGAACUGCUACAGCAUCCCUUCUUGAAACUGGCCAAACCUCUGUCUAGCUUGACGCCACUGAUCUUGGCAGCCAAAGAAGCAAUGAAGAGUAACCGCUAACAUUACUGCCACAGCCU